CUUGUCCCCAUCCAAAGAGAGACCUUUUUUUCUUUAAUAUAUUAUUUAUUUAGUUUUGUGUCUGGAAAUUGAGCGUUUGAUCUGCGCUUGACCUCGUUGAAUCAAAGGGUCUGGGAUCUAUCUGUAAAGGUUUGGACGUCGUACCAGGGGCAUUAAAUGCAUAAUGUUUAAUUCUGGGAUUAAUCUAAUCCGGGGGAGUGCAACGCCAUCACCAGAUAUGCCACCCUUGCCUCAAUGUUUACCAUUGGACCCAAUUAUAUUAGGCAGUCAGAAAUAUACACGCUCAGGAGAGCUUAGAAGGCUUCUUGGUGUUCCUCUUGGGAGUACAUUGGAGGACCAUUCCUUCGGAGUUGCACACCCUAAACCUCCACCUCCAGUGGCUACAGAGGAGUUAAAGCACUUCAAAGAGAGUGUCCAAGAUACUUCUAAGAAGGCCAGGGAUAGAGCAAAAUUAUUACGUGAAUCCAUUCUCAAACUGGACAAAUAUAGGGAUGCCUUAAGCUCCAAGAAGCGACAGCGCAGUGAUCUUUCAUCAAGUGAGAGGUCCAGUGGAGUCAACUUAGCAAAGAUGGGAAGCCAAGUUCACCGAAACUCUAAUGACUCUGUGAGUCAAAGAUUGGAGGAUAAAACCAAGAGUAUUGGGAUAAAUAAGCGUGUUCGUACAUCAGUGGCAGAUGAUCAGCGGGCAGAUGGUAGGCCUGCUGCAACCUCAAGGCAGCAGAUGGUCAUAGAAAAGGAUGGAGAUCUGCUCCAGGCAGUUAGUGGGGUUUCUGUUCGGAUUGAAGAAAAGACUCGCCGACUGCUUGCCGGUGGUGAAGGAUUGGAUAAAAAAGUAAAGAAGAAACGUUCUGUUGGAGCUGUAGGUAAUAGAGUAGUGACUGGUGAGCGGGACACAAAACGAGCUGUACUUCCAAAACUGAAUCCUGAUUCUAAAUUGCAAUCUUGUGACACUCAUGGUUUCAGAUUGAAAUCUUCCCCAGGAGUUAGUGGAAUCAACAAGGUGGAUGGUUCUUUUGAGGCUUCUAGUUCAGAUGCUUGUGCAGUAGUCAGGAAUGAGCUGGAACAUGCCCUACUUCCAAGGGACCGUACAGUUGUAUUGGAACAGAGACUUUUAGCAAAAGGAAACAAUAAGUCAAAUAUUCAGGAGGAUAUUCCAGCAGGCCAUCCUAAUACAAUGGUAAAAGGGAAGGUUUCUCGGGCACCGCGAACUGGUUCAGUGAUGGGGCUAGACUCAUCUCCUAAUGUUUACCAUUCAACCGGAGCUAUUCAAGGCUGGGAACAGAGUACAGGUUUACAUAAAGUUCCACUUGUGCGCGUGACAAAUAACCAAAGGCGUACAAUAUCCAGUGGUUCAUCAAUACAUCCUAUGGCCCAGUGGGUUGGUCAGAGACCACAUAAAAACUCACGCACGAGGAGAGCAAACUUAGUUUCUCCCGUCUCAAACCAUGCUGAAGCUCAGAUUUCAUCUCAAAGCCUUACAAGUACUGAUUUUAGUGCAAAAACUUCGUCUCUUGGGACCAAUGCAUCACUCUUGGCUGGCAGUGUAGAUAAAAAUACCCCAAAAGUUAAGAGGGAACCUGAGAAUGUUUCAUCUCCAUUUGGGCUUUCUGAAAGUGAAGAAUCAGGUGUUGGCGAAACCAAAUUGAGAGAGAAAGGGAUAGAUAAUGGUAAUGCCCCUUUGGUUGCAAGUCAUAAAGCUGGCACAUUUGUGUUGCCCAGAAAAAAAAAUAAAAUGCCAGGUAAUGAAACUGGAGAAGGUGUUCAGAGACAAGGAAGGAGUGGAAGGGGUUCAUCCUUAAUAAAGCCAGAAAUUCCUCCAUCCGGGGAGAAGUUGGAUAAUCUAUCAAUGACAAAGCCACCGCAAACCAUGAGGCCUAGUUCUGAAAAGAAUAGAAGUAAAUCAGGUCGUCCACCCUCAAAGAAGUUGAAAGACCGGAAGGCUUCAAUUCGUGUUGGGCCAAUAAUAAACAAUGGUUCUUCGAAUGUAACAGGUGAAUCUGAUGACGAUCGUGAAGAACUAUUUGCUGCUGCAAAUGCUGCUUGUAAUGCUAGCAGUCUUGCAUGUUCCGGGCCAUUUUGGAAUGAAAUGGAAUCUAUAUUUUCUUCUGUCAGCUCAGAGGAUUUGUCCUACUUGAAGCAACAGCUAAGUUUUGCAGAGGAGCCUGAUGAGAAUUUGUCUCAGAUGUUUGGUGUUGUAUAUGAUAAUAUCUUGGGUGUUGGUGUUUUUAAAGAAGCCAGUGAUUGUUCCGGUAUAAUAAGACAAAGAAGCCACUCCCAUCAAGAAUCAGCUGAGACUGAUUCUAUACACGGAAGAUUUGACUCAAGAAAGUGGGAAAGGGUUACUCCAUUGUACCAAAGAGUUCUUUCGGCUUUGAUAGAAGAAGAUGAAAGUGAAGAAUUUUACCACCAAAAUGAGGGGAAAACUUUGUCUCUGCAGUAUGCUAGUGAUGAUUCUCAUUGUGGUUCAUGUAACCAGGUUGAUAUUGAACCCAAAGAUUGUGACAGAAUGGAAUCUGAGGCUGAGUCAAAAGUGGAUUCUCAGACUCAGAGGAAUUACUUGUUAGACCGACUCCCUUGUGAUAAGAGUGUCACAUCUAAUUCAUUCAGGAACCCAAGCACGUCCAGUUCCUUCCAUAGUAUUGAACAGUGGCGGGGCAAUGAUGACUUUUCACAUUCUGAUCUGGGACAUACCAGUGAAAUAUGUUCAAAUGAUUUUGGUCAGCUCCAACCUGGGGAGUUAAAUGCUGGCAGCCUGUCUUCUAACUGCCAAUAUCAGCGGUUGUCUCUGGAUGACAAGCUACUGUUGGAACUGCAGAGCAUUGGCUUAUAUCCGGAGACAUUGCCUAAUCUGGCAGAGGGAGAAGUGAUUAAUCAGGACAUUAUGGAACUUAAGGAAGGACUGUAUCAACAGAUUGGGAGAAAGAUGAAAAACUUGGUGCAAAUUGAUGAAGCCAUUCAGAAGGGGGGAGAUGUCAAAAGACGGAAUAUGGAGGAAGUUGCAAUCGACCAACUCAUUGAGAUGGCAUACCGAAAACGAUUGGCUUGCCGUGGGAGUUGUGCUACAAAAAGUGCAGUCCGUAAGGUUUCAAAACAAGUUGCAUUAGCUUUAAUCAAGCGCACCCUCGUUAGAUGUCGAAAAUUUGAACACACCGGAACCAGUUGCUUUAGUGAGCGUGCACUGCAGGAUGUAAUAUAUUCUGUACCUCCAGGCAAUAAUGAUGCAAAAUCAAUUGACUGUGUUGGCUCAGGAACAGCCAGUAAUACAUGCAAUGAAGCUUCCCACCAAGCCGAAGCCAGGGGAUUGGGUGCUGUUUCUAGUGCUUCUGAGAGAUAUGAUUCCCUUAGUGAUAAUAUUGACAGAGGUUCUUCAGAUGCUCCCCAGAGUCUCAUUCAAUCUUCCGAGCAAGCCUCCUCCAAGCAUAGCUCUGUGUUCAUUAAGGGAAAGAAGAGGGAAAUGCUGAUUGAUGAUGUUGUGGGAAGUGCUUCCUCGAGGGUGACAUCAGCUCUUGACAGCACUGUUCAUGGUGGAUUAAAAGGAAAGAGAAGUGAGAGAGAGGGGGAUCAGAAAGGAGAUACUUUAAGAGGCAACUCCGUUUCUGGAGUUGGUCAUUCAUCAUUGGGCAGCUUCGGUAGUGAACGUAAAACAAAAGCAAAGCCCAAGCAAAAGAAUAAUCAUUUAUUAGUAGAAGCUGCUUGUCCACCAGUUCGUGGAUCUAGUCAACCAGUGGCUUUAGUUGGUAACAAAGUGAGCAGAGAAGCAGGGUCAUUCUUGCCAACUAAUGCUACUCGGGAAUCAUCUAAAGAGGCAGAUGAACCCGUUCCCUUAAACUUGCAACCUAAUGAAUUAGACUCGAUGGAAGUACUAGGUGUAGAUGGACAUCAAGAUUUCAGUUCCUGGUUGGACUUUGAUGAAGAUGGCUUGCAAGACCAUGAUUCCAUAGGUCUUGAAAUACCGAUGGAUGAUCUCUCCGACUUGAAGAUGCUUAUCUGACAAGAAUCGGCUCAUCCCUUUCCAUUCCAUCCCCAUUAGAGUAUGAUUCUAGACCCAAAUUUCAGAUGAAGACCAAGACUAGUCUAGGUGAAGGAAGUAGAUAGAAAUUGUAAUUAAGUUUGUUCUUCUGUAUGAAUCUCAAAUCAUUAAAAAAAAAAAUCGUUGUUCC